UUAUAUCUUGUAUGUGAUGACAACAGGCUGCAGUUGAAGUUACAGAGAUGCAAGAGUUCGAUAGAGGGGAUAAACAUACAGAGGGCGAGAACAGCAAUAACUACCCCAAGAAUUAUGACGACUCUGAGAUUGAUGACUACCCCAGAAAGAGCAGGGAUUAUCCCCCUCCACCACAAAUGGCACCAUACAGCACACAACCCUCAAUGCCAAAUGAGUACCACGAUGAUAAUGAAACAGAGGUCAUAUUUGAAACUGAUGAGAAUAAACACAGAGGCAACUGGUCUAACUGCAUGGAUUUCAUCCUGGCUGUACUGGGCAUGAAUGUUGGUCUUGGCAAUAUUUGGAGGUUCCCCUAUUUGGUGUACAACAACGGAGGUGGUGCAUUCCUGGUGCCAUAUGUUAUAAUGAUGAUUUUGGUGGGUAUCCCCCUCACCCUCCUAGAGUUAGGCCUGGGACAGUUCUGCAGUAGAGGGUCUCCUGCAGCCUGGAACUGUGUGCCUGUGUUUAGAGGAAUUGGAUUUGCAGGGUAUAUUGCCGCUUUCCUUCUGAUGAUAUAUUACAAUAUGGUGCUUGGCUGGGGUAUAUACUAUUUGGUCAAUUCCUUCACUUUUACAUUACCAUGGUCAACAUGUGAGAAUGCAUAUAACUCAAAAGGUUGUAAUUCAACAUAUUCAUCUGCUGAAUUUAAUAACUAUAUGUUUGCUGGCUUUCCUGUAGUUAAUGCUGAUAUUACAAACAUUGGAUACCCCCAAUGGCCCCUCAUCUUUUGCUUACUUGCAUCAUGGAUGCUUGUAUUCUUAAGCAUGUUAAAAGGGAUUAAAUCUAGUGGCAAGGUUGUAUAUUUCACCGCACUAUUUCCAUACGCAGUGCUCAUAGCCCUACUCGUGAUAGCUUGCUUACAAGAUGGUUACAUAGAUGGAAUAAACUAUUAUAUUAAAGUUGCUGAUUGGGAUAAACUAAAAGAACCACAGAUUUGGAAAGACGCUGCAUCCCAGAUUUUCUUCUCCCUAAGCAUGAGUGGUGCAUCUCUUAUUGGCCUCUCCAGUUAUAAUAAGUUCCACAACAAUGUCGUCAGGGAUACUCUUUUCGCAUCAAUUGGAAAUUGCCUAACUAGUUUCUUUGCUGGUUUUGUUGUGUUUGCAUUCAUUGGGACCCUAGCCCACAAAACGGGAAACGAAGUUCAAGAUGUAGCCACAGCUGGCCCUGGACUGAUAUUUGUUGUAUACCCCCAAGCCUUUGACUAUCUGCCUGUCCCUCAUGUUUGGAACAUACUAUUCUUCAUUAUGGUCAUAACUCUUGGAUUCGACAGUGUGUUUGGGGUGAUAGAAGGAAUAGCCACUGCAAUCGUUGAUGAGUUCCCAAGGCUUCAUAAAUAUAAGGUGUAUGUAGUGGUGAUGGUUUGCAUCAUUGGAUUUGCUGCAGGAAUACCACUGACGUGUCCAGGUGGUGGGCCUGUACUCGGACUGAUGGACUACUAUGCAGUACCAUAUGCAUUCAUGAUAUGUGGAUUUUUUGAGAGUAUCGCAGUUGCAUGGUUCUAUGGUGCUAGUAGAUUUGCAGAAGAUAUCUAUGUGAUGGUGGGGCACUGUUUUGCGGCACCUCUCUUCAUGAUCUGCUGGUGGGUGGUUACACCUUGUGUUAUACUGUUUGCAUUCAUUUCUGAGGCGAUUGACAAAACAGACCGUGUAGUCGGCAAUGAACAAUAUCCUGAUUGGGUGGUUGGAAUUGGAUGGGUCAUAGCUAUGAUUUCAGUUGUAUUUAUUCCAUUAGUAGCUAUUUACCAAUUUGUCAAGGAGUGUCUCAAGGGAAAGUCUUUGCUAAAGAGUCUAGAAACUAUUACAAACCCAACUCCUGACUGGGGUCCAGCUCUAAAAAUUCAUCGACAGGAAGUAGCCAAUGCAGCUUAUGUCAAAGACUUUGUUGUAUCACCAAGGAAACUUACAGAAUUGUCACAAAGAUAUGCUGGGGCUGACAAUAUGGGAUACUACCCUGAUUAAGUUAUACACUAAGGUUAUUUACUAGGAGGGAUUGCGUAUGGGUUUUAUUCUUCGGGGCAAUAUAAUAUUUCUCAAAGGAGGGAGAGUGGAAAAUAUCAUAUUGUCCAGAGGAACAAAACUUAUAUUCAAUCCUGACCAGUAAAUAAGCUUUUUAUCCCAUGAUAUUCAUGACUGUUUUAACAAAAUCAUAUUCAGUAAUCAUGACUAAGUAAAUAAUGGUAUCAUGGGAUAAACAUGAACAACUAAUAUACUUUAUAUAUAGACCAACCAUAUGGACUUACUUCUUUCUUAAAGUUGUAUCCAAAAUUCUAUAAUAAAUGAUCAUUAAUUAUAUCUACAUAUAUAUGUAUUGAGUGUGCAUAUCAGCUUAUACAAAUAGAACACCACACCUUAGAAUGUGAUGAUUACAAUGGCUUGUUUGAAUAAAUAAGCAUCAAAAACAUGAUAUGACAAAAAAUAUUCUCUCCUUACAUUACAUCUUGCUUCGAAUAAAAUAAGUAGCUGGCUUGUCUAUAAAUUCAUUGAAGUCAUCUGGUAA